AUGGUCUGUGGGUAUCAGGAGCUCAUCAAUGUCAAGCUGGCCCUGGACAUCAGGAUCACCACCUACGGGAAGCUGCUGGAGGGCGAGGAGAGCAGACGUGGAUAUGGCUUUGGUACAGCUGGCACGGGCUUCGGCUACAGAGGUGCUGGCUUUGACUACAGGGUUGGUGGAGUCUCCAGGCCAUGCACCAUCACACCCAUCACCAUCAACGAGCAACUGCUCCAACCGCUCAAACUGGAACUUGAUCCCAACAUGCAAACAGUGAAGAACCAAGAGAAGGAGCAAAUCAAGAUGCUCAACAACAAAUUCGCUUCUUUCAUUGACAAGGUUCGAUUCCUGGAACAGCAGAACAAAGUGCUGGAGACCAAGUGGAGCUUUCUGCAGGGUCAAAACCCCUGCAAGAAUACCAUCAUGCCCAUGUUAGAGGCUUAUACCGGUAACUUGAAGAAGCAGCUGGAAGCACUGAAGUACAACAGAGACCAGUUAGAAACAGAACUGAAAGCAGCACAGCAGGUUUUGGAAACCAACAAAAAAACGUACAAGGACGAACGCGGCCAGCGGACACGCACCGAGAGCGAGUUGAUUGCCCUGAAGAAGGACGCGGACUGUUUUUUCUUAAACAAAGCAGAGCUGGAGGCCAAGGUGGAAAGCCUGGAAGAAGAGGUUGAAUUCCUGAGAAUGUUCUAUGAAGAGGAAACCCACCAGCUGCAGGCCCAGAUCUCAGAUACUUCACUGGUUGUGCAGAUGCAGAAGAGCCAAAAACUCAACUUGGAUGGCAUCACCGCAGAUGUCAAGGCUCAGUACAAGGGCAUAGCCCGCAGGAGCCGGGCAGAAGCACAGGCCUGGUACGAAAGCAAGUUUGAGGAGCUGCGAGUCACUGCAAGCAGAAACGCUGAGACUCUGCGGGAGACAAAAAACAAGACAGCUGAGCUGACACGGACAGUCCAGAGACUGAACGGAGAUGUCAGGAGUGCCAAGGACCAGCGCUGCAGGCUGGAAGCUGCUGUGGCCGACGCUGAGCAGCGUGGGGAAACGGCCGUCAAGGAUGCAGAGCACAAACUCUCUGAGCUGGAGACAGCUCUGCAGCAGACCAAGGCGGACCUGGCCCAGCAGCUCCACGAGUAUCAGGAGCUCAUGAGCAUCAAGCUGGCCCUGGACAUGGAGAUCGUCACCUAUAGGAAGCUGCUGGAAAGAGAGGAGAGCAGGUGA